UUAAAUUGUUCAAAAGAGGAAGCAAAAAACGAGAACGUAAGCCUUGUUUUUUUUGGUUUUAAAACACAGAUCAGGACUAACCCUAAUUUGCAGUUUAAUAAUUCGCAGAGAUGUUUGUGGCCCGUAGAAUUUCGCAAUCGGCAAGCCUGGCGGUGCGUGGCAAGCACACCCUGCCCAAGCUGCCCUACGACUAUGCCGCCCUGGAGCCGAUCAUCUGCCGGGAGAUCAUGGAGCUGCACCACCAGAAACACCACCAGACCUACGUCAACAAUCUGAACGCCGCCGAGGAGCAGCUGGAGGAGGCCAAGUCGAAGAGCGACACCACCAAGCUAAUCCAGCUGGCUCCGGCCCUGCGGUUCAAUGGCGGCGGCCACAUCAACCACACCAUCUUCUGGCAGAACCUCUCGCCCAACAAGAGCCAGCCCAGCGAGGACCUGAAGAAGGCCAUCGAGUCGCAGUGGAAGAGCUUCGAGGAGUUCAAGAAGGAGCUGAGCACGCUGACCGUGGCCGUUCAGGGCUCCGGCUGGGGCUGGCUGGGCUACAACAAGAAGUCCGGCAAACUGCAGUUGGCCGCCCUGCCCAACCAGGAUCCCCUGGAGGCGUCCACCGGACUGAUCCCCCUCUUCGGCAUCGACGUCUGGGAGCACGCCUACUAUCUGCAGUACAAGAACGUGCGACCCUCCUACGUGGAGGCCAUCUGGGACAUCGCUAACUGGGACGACAUCUCCUGCCGCUUCCAGGAGGCCAAGAAGCUCAGCUGCUAAGCACCAUGGUUAUCUAUGUCUAAUCUAUAAGCAUCGGCGGAUCCGAGAUCCCAAAUUGUAGUCUCAGUUGCGGUUAAUAAAUUGGUACCAGCUUGCAACUUA